CGACCUCCGACCUUCUAGAACCUUGCCUCCGAGGUGCCGCCCUCCCCGCCCCGCCUGCGCCGCUUGCUCAUCGCUUCUCUCCCCGCGGCGGCCUCCCAGAUCCGGUUGGAUCGAGGGGCAAGGUCAAGAGAUGGGGCAGGCCUUCCGAAAGCUGUUUGAUGCCUUCUUCGGCAACAAGGAGAUGCGGGUGGUGAUGCUUGGGUUGGAUGCAGCUGGGAAAACCACCAUACUCUAUAAGCUUCACAUUGGUGAAGUUCUCUCCACUGUCCCUACCAUAGGUUUCAAUGUUGAGAAGGUUCAAUACAAGAAUGUAGUGUUCACCGUGUGGGAUGUUGGUGGCCAGGAGAAGCUCAGGCCCCUGUGGAGGCACUACUUCAACAACACUGAUGCUCUGAUUUACGUGGUUGAUUCACUGGAUAGAGAGAGAAUCGGGAGAGCCAGGGCGGAGUUUCAGGCUAUAAUCAAUGACCCUUUUAUGCUUAACAGUGUGUUAUUGGUGUUUGCUAACAAGCAAGACAUGGUAUGUUCAGCCACAUUUUCUCUGGAGCAUUUAUUUUGUGUUGUGAUUCAUUUUAGUGGGUGAUUUAGAAGGGCUGGCUUGGUGAAGUGGUUCUAUCUUUUUUUGUUCAAAUGUAAUGUUAACGAUUAUGUUUUGUUCAUAAAUGUAAACAUGCAAAUUAUGGUUUCUUGCUGAAGUCUGGCCAUUCCAAUGCGUGUACUGGAAAUAGCUGGCUGCUCCAUCCUUUAGUUGUGUAAGCAGUUCUGUUUCUUUGUCGACAGAAUAUGUCAAUAUGUUGGUUUUCCAUAAAUGUCAUGCUGCUGGCGUUAUGAGUUCUGUAUUGUUGGCAUGUUGUGUGAUUACACUAGAUGUUUGUACUACACUAACGAAGCUCUAAUUUAGUUGUACUUAAAUGCCCAGCCUCCUUUUUUUUACCAUACUGAUGUUCUUCAUGCUAAUGCAGAGGGGAGCAAUGACUCCGAUGGAAGUGUGUGAGGGCCUUGGGCUGUAUGACCUGACGAACCGCAUCUGGCACAUCCAGGGCACCUGUGCUCUAAAAGGCGAUGGCCUGUAUGAAGGGUUGGACUGGCUAGCGACUACUCUGGACGAAAUGCGUGCCUCUGGACGGUUAACCUCAGCAUCAUCAUCGGCAUCCUGAAUCACGUGUAACAGGAGGGACAAACGAUUUGAUCCUCGUGAUACGCCCAUUGAAGGAUCAUCUUGUGAUUCAGGCUUUGCGCGCUUUGUUUUCUUUUGUGUUUCCCCAAUUGCUGUUGGCUAUACAUGUGUGCUAUGAACUGGGUGGUGCAUCUGGCAAGGCUAGGUAGUCAGAGUUACAGACGCCGGUUCCGUGGUGACGAUGUCAGUACGGUGGUGGUGUCGUACUCGUCUGCUAGUCGGAAGCAGGCAUCAUCAUCCAUCUCGUCGCUUGUGUGUGGGAGUGACUGUAAAUACUACCACUGAUGACAUGGCUCUCGUGGUUUCUUCGUCUGAAACUAAAGAAACGGAAUCACAUACGUACUUGUGUGUGCGUCGUCGCCUGGAGUCCUGACUCCUGAGUGGUGACAUAACCAUGCACUAGUUGAACUGCAA